CUGCUAGUGUGUAUGUGUGGGAGAGAGAGAGAAAGGGAGAGCGAGAGAGAGAGAGCGGGAGAGAGUUCUGAUUAUAUUCCUAUUUAUACGUGCUAUUGUUUUCCCCAGAGGGUGGAGAUGUGGACUGUAUAAUUUAGCCCACACAGAUUCUUGUGCUGACAUCCAAAUAACACAAGUGAAGUCUAGUGUAAUCCUACAAAAUUCCUGUAGAGAGUUUUGAGGUGUCUCUGAGGUGGUUUACAGUGCGUUUGUUUUGUCUUCUGCUUCAUUAUUUCAGAACUAGGUAUCGUCUAGUGUUGUGGCAUUUCACAAGAACGGGACGGACACAAUGUUACAGUGAUUGGGAUUUCAUCCUCUAUUACUUUGGAAAACUUUGUAUGUUUCAGUUUAUCAUUUCACCAUCAUUAUGUUAAAACUAAUAAAAAAAGACUGGGAAAGAAACAAGCGCGUGACAGCCUUCAAAACAUUCAGCUCGGAAACGUGGAAUAGCACAGCACACUCAAUCUAUUAUUUAUUAUACAUGUUAAAGGGAUGUUGCUGUACAGUGAACGUUACAGUUCACCUCGAUAGUCUCUGUAUGGGAUGUGUGAAAGUGAUCAGUUGUUUACUGUUAGCUGUGAUGAGUAAAUAGCCAAACUCCUGGGGACAAUCACAGACCUCUCCUAUCUUUAUGUGUGGCAUCCUCACUGCAGGCGCAGGAAAUGGCAAUUUGAGCUUUAGCAGGUUGCAGUUUGGUGCUUUUUGUUGCCAUCAUUGCAUUAACAAGAACAGUUAUGUCAUAAUAGUUGAUGAACAUAAUAUUCAUUACAAUUAAAGGUCUUAAUUAGAAGAGCUGUGAGAAUAUAUUGGGGAUGUCCAACAUGUAAGAUCUGCAGCUCUGACAUGAGGAUGUAGACACUUAUCAUGAAAAUAAGGGUUUUCCUCUGGCUGCUUGUGUUCAGACGUGGGAGGAGGCCCAGAUGGAAGAGGGAAGCGCUGCAGAGGCCCCGUGUCUGAACCUGGUGCUUUUGGCUACUCGGCCAACGAACCUCACCGCCGCGCUGCCCUGUUAGCCACCCAUAGACAGAGAAGCAGCUGCUGCUGCCGCCAAAGCAAUUUGUGUUCCUGACACAACGGACAGAUUUAACAGCAUCCACCUCUAAAUAAGUAAAAAAUCUUUAAUAAAUGAGAAAAGCAGCCGAUGGAGCGAUCAGCUCGGUGUCAGCCAUGUCCAUGCUGCUUCUUGUUUCAGAUAUCUUUGAAGAGUUAUUGCCAAUUAGACACAACUCUUUAGUUUCCAUGGCAACCUUAUUUUUUGCUGCUUCUUUCUGUUCUUUCUCUGGCAUAUAAAUACAUACACCCUCUCUCCACACGGGUUAUUUUUAAAUCCCGUUCUUUUUUGUUUCAUGAGACAACAGGUGGGCGUUGCACAGCAUAGGUGGGAGGUUGGAUAACAGCAACACAGGGCUGAGCGUGGGCACAGGUCAGAGGUCAGGAGAUUAACUAAGAGCGUGCACAGUGAGUGGGCUGGGAAUAACUUGAAGGAACAUUAUGUCCUCCGUGUAACAAGUUUGAUUGAAACUAAAGUUAGUUAGUGCUGCGCUGGGUGGCGAAAGCAGCAAUCUGGUGAUUCACAUGCACAGAGUUACGCUGACACUAGAGUAAUUAAUAUGAUUUACAAAUACCAGAUGAAAACUCUGCAAAAAGGUGUUAAUAAUCGUCUAUCCGGUUCAUUUGCACAGUGUAAAUGUCAAAGACAGAGUCGAAUAGAAACCUGCUAAUUAGAGAGCGUUAAGCCAAUGCAGCGAGACGUGAAGCUGAGCGAGGUGAAGGAAAGACCGUCUUCACUGCCAAAACGCCCAUUUACCUACAGGAAUAACUCGGAUGGGAGGCAGUGAGAUAUUAUUGAAUUUUAGUCGCAUAUUUUACCGUGUCGCCAUCAGAAUCAUCCAUAACUUCAAUUUACCACACAUAGAAAGGUGCACAUGAAUGUGCACCGACUUGUCCCAGCACAAACGUCCUGACCCCAACGCUACUAGGCCCCUUCAGUCCUUCAGAGCUCGAUAGUCAGAUAAUAGGAGCUAUUUUCUCCGGCGUCUCUGAGGCCCUGCUUCAUGACCCCCGGGAUCACUACUACUACUUGCAAAUACUGCAAGAGUCCGUUUACUCAGAAACAGGAGCAGCUAAUCCAGGUCAACGUAAUAAAAAAAACAAGCAAAAGAUGGUGGAAGCAGGACGGUGGUGGUGGUGGUGAGGGGUGUUCACUCCCAGCGGGUGAAUACAUUUACUCUAAAUAAGCACAGUGAUAGGGUUGAUAUCAUUGGAAAAAACAGUGCUUCAUGUGCAGUUUCUUGUGUUGUUGCUGUGUUAAAAAAGGGUUGAGACAAACUUUUUAACUGUUAUGGAUUAAGAGAGGAAUCCCAUGUUACCUGUGGUUCACUGUAACAAAAAGACAAUAACUAAAACUAGUUGCUGUGUGAACUGAACCAGUACGAAGGAGAAAGUUAUUUAUUAAGGAUGCAGUAUUUGUUUACUAUUAUAGGAUGGUUUGAUGUUUUACCUCGGUAGCUGAAGCUGUCUUUGCUGUUAACAUGAGGUAGCCUGUACGUUGUCAUUAGCCUGUUCACCUUCCUGUUGGGUUCCAUCUUUGCCAGCUGAACUUUUCCUGCAGCAUUUCCAUGGAUACUGCCUCUCCACUCUCAUUACAGAGCAGCUGAAUGUAGCCGCCGCGUGUGACACGCAGCACACGACAGAAAUAUCUCCCCUUAAUUGUCAUUUUACUUGCCAGAAAUGUUUAAUUAUACUCCGGUGUCUGGAGGUUCAAGCGAUGGCGCUGCCUCACGAAAUGUAGGCCCACGGAGCUGUAAUUAAUCAUCGCAAACUUUGGACGUGUUCUAAGUUUAACGCACACAAACACACGCGCAGUGAAGUGGCCCCGAGCUCUCAGCUCUCGUCAUUAAAACAACAACACAAACGGGUACACACACGAGCAGAGUGGGCUCCGUGUGGUGGUCCGUGUGCUGCCGUGACCCAAAAAAACCUGCCACUAAGACGUUCUGGCUCUUACUAAUUAGUAGUAUUGCUAUUUGAGCAUUUUUGUACAAACACCCUGUUUGUCCUCUGCCCUCUGAGGCGGCACAGCCACAUCAACCAUCUGCCGAGAGGAGUCAGUGCCACGUUUCCCUUUCUAAAGAUGAUGAUAUUCGAUAGGACAGUCACCAUAUUGGCUCCAUGUGUUUUCUGAUAAACCCCUCAGCCUCCACAACCACGCCGACACGUCCCGUUGCAGCAGCUUUCCAGGAAAGGGGCUUCACAAAAUGCACUCAGGAAAAUGAAGGCUUUGGACCCCGAUGAUAAGGUAGUGUCUUGUCUUUUACUAUGAGAUACAUACGUGAAACUAGAAACAGACUCACGGUCCUCUGGGUGCUUUGAGGUGUGACAUAUUCCAGUCAAAAGGGCUCAAAGUCAAGAAAUGUGACACUGUUAGUGAUGUGGGGAGACGAAUCACUUAGUUCUAUUUAUUGUAGUAAUGGCACCAGACCAGCAACUCACAUAUAAAAUCUAAGGCAUUAACCUUUAAUCACUCAAAAGCACAUGUAAUAAGUAUUCAUUUCUUUUGCUGAUGGUUGUUAUUCAUAUUAUAAUAAUGAACAGAGCCUCCUGGGAAAUAACACCACACCAGUUCAAUUAAAAAUCAAUCAAUAAAGGUCUAUUUUAGUGCUGAGGCUACCCAGCCACAAGCUGCAGAGGACCAGAGAGACUCAGCCGGCCGGACAUGGCGCCCCCUGCUGAGGACUACUACUGCCACCGGUUCCAGGCCAACGCCUUUGACCCGGCGCGCUGCAGCUCCUGCCUGCGACCGGCCCACAUGCACCUCAGCAGCAGCAGCACUGCCGCCACAGACGCCCAGGAGUGGGACGAUGGUAAUGGCGUGCUCUCUGAGGUGACCUCCAACGCCAGCAGCGAUGACAUCAGCGGCGCGUGGACCUACGAGUGGAGUCUGGUCCACAGUCUGAGUCCUGAGUGGGAACUUAAUACCUGUGACACUGACAUACAAUCCAGCUCUCUGAACCAGGGGGUCCGUAUAGAGAGGAGCAGGCCUGGCAGCUCAGAGAGGCACCGUGCUGCCCGGCAAGAUAUGACCCGGUUGGAGCCUUCUCCCCAGCGCGACACCGAGAGCUCCUGGAUGGAUGAGCGGAGGGGCAGAGACAGGUCCCGGCGGCCUUCAGAGGCCCGAGGAGACAGGGUACAAGAGAGUGGCUACUUCUCCCCUGAAAGACGAGGCGGGGGUGAGUCUGAGGAGGUCAACAAGCGGCCGCAUCGCUACUACGAAAGAGGACAUCCCCUUCCCAGCAACUACGUCCUGGAGCCCAAAGCCUGCGUGCCUUACAGGAACGUCAACCUCGGCGUUCCCUCCCAGAGGAGGAACACCGAGACCUACAUGCAGGAAACCUGGAGAAGCGAGUCCCCGCAGAGGUACACGUACCACUCCAACUUCAGACCCGGAGGCGACUCCGAGAGAAACUCCCCGACGCGCCACAGCUCGGUGAGCCCGGAGCGCUACAAGCUAGCUGAGUACCCUGCAGGGGCCCAGCGGGGCGGCUCCCUGUCGAGGAGCCAGGCCCGGUCCCAGGCCUCGUCUCACGGCUCCUCCCGGCGUCCGUCGCACGCUCCUUCUGGGCACACGUCGGGCAGGUCCAGUCCAUGUCGUGGGAGGGGAUCAAAUGCGUCUCGGGCCAGGUCUCCCUCAAGGGCCACCCCUACUCGGAGGCGCGCAGACUCAUUUCACCUGCAAAGCGAUGAUUGUAGUUCUCGGAAGGCAUGCAGCAGAGCGUCCGGGACGCCGUCGCAGGCUUCCAACAAACACAGUUUGGACUCGGAGAAGCUCUACAGGAACCUGGAGUCCAUCUCUCGCCGUGGCUCCUCGGCUGUUCAGCAAGACUCGCGCGAGGGGUCCCGAGCGUCCCCGCGGACCAGAACGGCUGCCAACAGCUUGGGAACCACUCACGCCCAUAACAGCCGCGAGGAGUCACCGUCCAGAAGCGGCUACGGGACCAACAGUCACACCCCGCAAAGAGAGCUCCACUCCAGAAGCAGCCGGCCCAGUCCGUCCCAGGAGUCUUGGCAGGGGUCCUCACGCUCCUUACUCAGCUUGCCACACUCUCGUGGGUCAUCUACGUCCAGAAGGGGUGUGGAUUAUAAGGCGCUUGGUGGCUCAUUGCCACAAGAUGCAGCCACAGAAACAGAUAGAGGCAAUAAGGAGAAUGAAGUGGUGAACGGUGGCCGAAGCAGGAGCAACCUGAGGCGAGGCAUGGAGGUGUUACUCAUCUCUGAACCCAAGAAGGCUGCAGUAGACGCUGAGGAGGUGGGGAUGACCAUGGACGACUACAUAGUACUGGCCGAUAUCCCAAAGAUACAGCUGGAGUCUGAAGAAGAGUUUCCUGGUCUGAAAAAGAGAAAUCAGAGUCCCAGCCCCUGCAGGGACCAGAGAUCCAGAACCUACAGGUAUCCCGAUGAAAUCGACCUCUAUGGAUCAAGACUUGAGUCAGAUGAGAGGGGGAGAUGCAGAGAGAGAGGCAGAGACAGACGAGAGAAAUGCCAUAAUGGACGCUCGUCCCGAAAACAGUCAACGACGUCUUUACAUACUCAGAGCUCAGAUAAUGAAAGUGGGAAGCACAGAUCCUCGAAGCUGAAGCAGCGAGUUUCCCCUGAAUGUCCACAGACGCAGGGGUGGAUGUCCAGGCUGGAUGACCACGGCAAGUGGAGGAAACACUGGUUUGUCCUGGGUGAUACUUCACUGAGGUACUACAGGGACUCGGAGGCUGAGGAGUCAGAUGAUCUCGAUGGAGAGAUCGACCUGAUGUCCUGUGUCAGCGUGUCAGACUGUGACAUAGAGAAAAACUAUGGUCUCCAAAUACAAACAAAGAGGACACUGUUCACUCUCUCUGCUGUGACCUCCAGAAUAAGGCGGAACUGGGUGAAAUUACUGAAGCAGGCCAUCCAGAACAACAGGCAGUUCAGCCAAUCAGACACGGGCAGAGAGAAAGCGAACCCCCUCGCUCGAAGGCCGUCGUCAUGCCAACCACCUGGUCAAUUCACCUGCCGAGACUCCGGCUGUGAGCCGACCACUUCCACCUCUGCAACCGCAGCUGUGAACUCCCAUCUAGACGACCACCACCAUCAAACCGAAAACGGCGAACCAGACGCAGACUUAUCUCCAGCCAGUCAGAGAGAAGCAGGGGAGGGCUGGGAUCGCGAGCAAGCGAAGCGAUUGGAGGAGAGGAACAAGUGGUUUGAGGAGGGGGUCUCCUUCAGUGAGAUGGGCAGCAGGUGGGACUCUAUGGAGCUGAAAAAGGGGACUGUGCCUGUGCCUGUUUCCGAAACGAUGGACCUACAGGUCAACAGGAAGUGGGCCGAAUUUGAAACGCGGCCAUUUAGAGACAUGAGCGCACAGUCUCUCAUUGGAUCCCAGGCUUCUCGGUCAAGCAGUCCUGAGGGCUCAAAGUCUCCGGUUAACUCCCACACUUAUCAGCUGAGCCAUGAAGAGGCUGAACAGUCUGUCAGUGGUUCACAAUCUUUGAACAGUGUCCAGAGUAGUCAAACUAAAACAUCUGAAGCUCUUAAAAAGGAGGCCCAGUCCCUUCGAAAGGAAGUAGAGAGCAUUAAGAGGGAGCGCGCAGCCAUGGGGAUAGAGGUGGACAGCCCAUGCGGCCCAGGGGCUCCCUGUAGGGCCAGACUGGAAUCUAUGGAGAUGGCCCAUCGAAAAGCAUUGCAGGAGCUGCAGGAGAAACACAAGAGGGAGAUCAGGGAGCUUGAAGAAGAGAGAGACAGGAUGCUGCAGGACAAGAGUGAGGCAGCUGCUAAAGCUAUGGAGGCCCUGAAAAAAGCUCACAAAGAGGAGAUAGAGAGAGAAGUGGAGAAGGCGAGGAAGCUUUCUGAAGGAGCUGCACAUGUGGAUGCGUCAUACACAGGGCGAAUCCCCCAGGCAGAAGAGCUAGACGUGCUGUCCGAACACUACACUCAGAAGUGCCUGGAGCUGCAGAGCACUGAGCAGAGCAGCAAGAGCCGAGAGAAUGAGCUCUUCCAUAAGGAGAGAGAGGUGGAUCAGCUCAAAAGAGAAAACCAGGAGCUUAAAAUCAAACUGGCAGAAGAGAUCAGCCGUAUGCGUUAUUUCAUCACAGGUCAAAGGUCAGACAGGCCUAUGGCAUCGCCUGGCAACACUGAGCGCACCGCGGCAGAAGUAGAGAUGCUGCUUAGAGCAAAAGAAAAUGAGGUGCAGUAUUUAAAAAACGAAAUAAGCUGCUUGCAGAAUGAAGUGCAGUCUCUGACUAAGGAGAAAGAAGCAGCUUAUGAGCGCUAUAAGGACGCAUAUGUUGAACUGAGUGAAAUGAAGGGACGCAGCCAACUGGACAUGGGCUGCCUUAAUGAACACUUGAGGCUAACCAAGGCUGCACUUCAGGAGGGAGCAAGACAGACGUGACCAACAAGAUCAGCUGCUAAAAAUCGCCUUACAAAACAAAGACAGAAGGCAGAGCACUGCAUUACGCUAAUCCUGUUCAGAAUAAAAAAGUGUUUCCAUCUGUAA